GUUGCUUAUACUGAAUUUAAAUAUAGCCUACACUGUCUGUGGUGCGACUACAUUCCCCGAGGUGAAAACAUUUCGUUCACUGGGCUGUUUUGUAUGCGAUCGUAAACGUCAGGAGAGUGGUUGAGCUUCCUCGGGGUCCGUGAUGUAGGCAUAGGAUAGAACCUACGCAACACGAGCUGUAUAGGGCGCCACCGGGCGGCAUUCAGGACAAACUCACUAGUCAAGAUGGAGGGACCAUAUCUCUAUCCACUGGAGAGCGAACCUAUGCACGUCAUAGCUUGCAGUUCACUGCCAGAGGUCUCCUAUGGGAUCUGUGGAAAUCGCAAAUACGGAGCGAUGUAUAGCAAACAGCUGUGAUCUUCUUAUCAAUGGCUGCCACGAUGAAUUCUGGAUCAUUGACGGACUUGCGCGACAGGGACGGGGAUGACAGCGCUGUGUUUUACAGAUCGGGUUCCCACAGGAAGGAGCCUCUGAGGGCAGUAGAUGUGCUUCCUGUCCUGAGAGAGAAGGUGGCCUACCUGUCAGGAGGUAGAGAUCGGCGAGGGGGCCCCAUCCUCACCUUCCCGGCCCCCAGUGACCCUGAGCGCCUCAGACAGGAGGACCUACGCCCCCUACUGGAGUAUCUCUCCACUGUCCCAAGCGAGGAGGCGUGCCGGCAUGGCUUCACGGUGAUUGUGGACACGCGCAGCUCCCGGUGGGACGUGAUCAAGCCCCUGCUGAAGACCCUGCAGGACUCGUUCCCGCGCUGCAUCCACACGGCCCUCAUCAUCAAGCCCGAGAGCGUCUGGCUCAAGCACCGCAGCUCCCUCGGCAGCACCAAGUUUGAGUUCGAGACCUACAUGGUGUCUGUGGAAGAGCUGUGUGAGCUGGUGGAUCCGUCCCAGCUGACCCCAGAGCUGGGCGGCAGCCUGCUCUACGAGCACGAGGCCUGGCUGGAGCAGCGCGUGGCCUUCGAGAGCUUCAGCGGCGACGCCACCCGCGUCCUGGGCCGUCUGCAGGACGCGCUGGGCCCUCAGCGCCCUCUGGUGGCCGAGGCGGGCGGCGGCGCAGCGCGGCGCAGCAUGGACGAGCUGGCUAUGCUGCGGAGCCGCGUCACCGACGGCGAGCUGCGCGAGCUCGAGGCCGAGGGCCGGCGCCUGCUGCAGCGUCUCCACGGCAACGACCCCCACAGCCUGGCGGCCAAGGUGUCGGCGCAGGUGGAGCGCGUGCAGGACGCCAGGCUCCACGUGCAUCAGGUGUGGCAGCUGCAGAAGCACCAGGACCAGAGUCUGCAGCUGCGCAUGUAUGAGCAGGAUGUCCAACAGAUGCUAGACUGGAUUCUGCACAAUAAGACUCUGUUGCUGUCCAGCCACUCAGAGAUCGGCGCUGACCAUCAGCACGCGCUGGAGCUGCAGAGUGACCACAGCCACUUCGCCCUCAGCUGCAUGGAUGUGUAUGUGAAUGUGAGCCGUAUCAUGUCGCUGGGGAACCGUCUGCUGGAGCUGGGCCACACGUCUGCCCAGCAGAUCCAGCAGCUGUCCGGUCAGCUGGAGCAGGAGUGGAGGUCCUUUGCGGCGGCCCUGGACGAGCGCAGCUGCCUGCUGGAGGGCUCCGCAGCUUUCCACCUCCGGGCAGAGCAGUACCUGGGCAGUGUGGGUUCCUGGAGAGAGGCAUGUGGGGAGGAGAAGCUGCCCUGUGAGCUGCAGGACCUGGAAGAUGCCAUCCUACAGCACCAGAACCUCUACGAGCUGUUCAGCACGGCAUACACUAAGGUGAGCCAGGAGGGGAAAUCUCUGUUGGAGCGGCUGCAGCGUCCACUAGCUGUGGCCGGCGUUGACGCAUCGGCGCCCUCUGCCAGCAUGUCACAGACGGUGCGGGCAGUGCUGGAGGUGGUGCACGAGGUGCUCCGCCAGCAGAGGGAGCUGGAGAGCGCCUGGCAGCAGCGCAAGCUACGCCUGCACCAGCGCCUGCAGCUGUGUGUGUUCCAACAGGACGUCAAACAGGUACUGGACUGGAUUGAAGACCACGGUGAGGUGUUUCUGAGUAAGCACACAGGUGUGGGCAGGUCUCUGCAGAGAGCGCGAGCCCUACAGAAGCGCCAGCAGGACUUUGAAGAGGUGGCUCAGAACACUUUCACUAAUGCGGAGCGCCUCCUGGAGGCUGCAGAGCUGUUGGGUCAGACACGCGAGUGUGACCCACAGGAGAUCCAGCAGGCCGGCCAGCAGCUGCAGCACAGACUGCAGGAGUUCGCCCAGCGCGUGGAGCUGCGCCGCAACCUGCUGAACACCUCCGUCGCCUUCCACACACACGGCAAAGAGAUGUGGGUGUGGCUGGAGGAUGUGCAGACGGAGCUUCAGGAGGAAGUGAGGGCCGACUCAGUGGAUGCGGUGGAGGAGCUAAUCGCUCGCUGCGAACAGCUGCAGAAUAGCCGCGAGCAGGCCGCUACCACUCUCAACCAGCAGGGGGAGGACUUGCUCCAGCAGCUCAGGUCAUGUGCGGUCAGUGGGGGCAAGGCCCCCCCCAGCAGCUCGGCGGCGCAUGUGCGGAGCGUCCUGCAGCAGGUGGGCGGAGUCGAGGCGCAGGUGGAGGACCAGCUGCGGGAGAGGCGUGGCCAGCUGGAACUGCUGCUGACGCUACGCACCUUUGAGAGGGACGCUGCACAGGUGACAUCGGUCCCCCAGUCUGGAGAGGAGGGUGAGGACGAGGCCAACGUUGAGCAGCAGCUGCAGCACUUCACCGAGAACACACUGCGUCUGAAGAAGCGCUACACACACAUCACUCACCAGGGACAGCAGCUGCUGAUGCAGCUCCGAGACCUGCAGAGUACAGGUGUGGAGCUGCUGUGUGAGCGGGAGCAGGACGUUACUGGACGGGUCCAGGACCUGCUGGAAUUCCUGCAGCAGAAACAGCAGGAGCUGGACGCCAAUGCAGAGCAGCAGAGACUGCAGCUGGAGCAGACCGCUCAGCUACGCCACCUACAGGCACAGGUCAAACAGGUUCUGGGCUGGAUCAGGAAUGGGGAGUCCAUGCUAAAUGCAGCAGUGAUCAGCGCCAGCUCUUUAGAGGAGGCAGAGCAGCUGCAGAGAGAACAUGAACAGUUUCAACACUCAAUUGAGAAAACCCACCAGAUGGCGCUGCAGGUGCAGCAGCAGGCGGAGGCUCUGCUCCUGGCCGAGCACGCGGAGGCCGAGCUCAUCCGUGACUGUGCCGAGAGUGUCGCAGCCCACUGGCAGCAGCUCAUGCUCAAGAUGGAGGACCGCCUCAAACUAGUCAACGCCGCUGUCGCCUUCUACAAGACCUCCGAACAGGUGUGUGGUGUUCUGGAGAGUCUGGAGGAGGAGUACCAACACGAGGAGGAUUGGUGUGGGGGCGGGGACAAACUAGGCUCCACCUCCGAGAAUGACCAUGUGACCCCGAUGGUCAGCAAGCACCUGGAGCAGAAGGAGGCCUUCCUCAAGGCCUGCACGCUGGCCAGACGGAAUGCGGACGUCUUUCUGAAGUACCUGCAGCGCUGCAGCCUGCACCUGCCCGCUGAGCCUGGUCACUGCACCGACACCCAGCAGCAAGUCAGGACUAUCUUGAGUGAACUGCUACAAAGAGAGAACCGCGUUCUGCACUUCUGGACCUUGAGGAAGAGGAGACUGGACCAGUGCCAUCAGUAUGUGAUGUUUGAACGCACGGCUAAGCAGCUGCUGGACUGGCUUCAUGACACGGGAGAGUUCUAUCUGUCCACACACACAUCCACAGGCUCCAGUCUUCAACACACACGGCAGCUGCUAACAGAACAUGAGGAGUUUCACAUCUCAGCCAAGCAGAACCGGGAGCGCGUGGCCGUGCUGCUCCAGCUGGCCGAUGGCUUUCGAGAGAAAGGCCACGCCCACACGGCUGAGAUCCAGAAGUGGGCGGGGCUAGUGGAGCAUCGCCAUAGCGACUUCUGGCUGCGUCUGGAGAUCCAUGGAGCGGCGCUGGAGGAGUCUCUGGGCCUGUCCUCUGAGACCACCAGCAUGAGUGAAGACGUCCAGCUUGAGCUCACACCCACCAGUGCCUCAGGGUCAGAGGUCAAGUUCCGGGAGGCGGCGCAUGAGCUCAAUGAGGAGAAGCGGAAGUCGGCCCGCAGGAAAGACUUCAUUAUGGCAGAACUGCUGCAGACAGAGAAGGCCUAUGUCCGAGACCUGCGCGAGUGCAUGGACACCUACCAAUGGGAGAUGAGCUGUGGCGUAGGCGACAUCCCCCCAGGAAUCCUUAAUAAAGAGUACAUCAUAUUUGGCAACAUGCAGGACCUCUACGACUUCCACCACAAUAUUUUUUUGAAGGAGCUAGAGAAGUAUGAGCUCUUGCCAGAGGAUGUAGGCCACUGCUUUGUCACAUGGGCAGAUAAAUUCCAAAUGUACGUCCACUACUGUAAGAAUAAACCUGACUCAACACAGCUCAUAGUGGAGCAUGCUGGCACUUACUUUGAUGAGAUCCAACAGAGGCACAGACUUCCAAACUCCAUCUCCUCGUACCUGAUCAAACCCGUCCAGAGAAUCACCAAGUACCAGCUGCUCCUCAAGGACCUGCUGAGCUGCUGUGAGGAGGGCAAAGGUGAGAUCAAAGAUGGCCUGGAGGUCAUGCUCAGUGUCCCCAAAAGAGCCAAUGACGCAAUGCACCUCAGCAUGCUGGAAGGUUUCCCUGAGAGUCUGGAGUCCCAGGGGGAGCUGGUUCUGCAGGAGUCCUUCCAGGUGUGGGACCCCAAGUCUCUGAUCCGUAAGGGCCGCGACCGACACCUCUUCCUCUUCGAGAUGUCGCUCAUCUUCAGCAAGGAGGUCAAGGACUCCACAGGCAGGAGCAAGUACCACUACAAAAGCAAGCUCAUGACAAGUGAGCUUGGAGUCACUGAACACGUGGAGGGAGACGCCUGCAAAUUCGCCCUGUGGGCAGGAAGAACGCAAACCUCGGACAAAAUUGUUCUGAAGGCCAGCAGUGUUGAGAGUAAGCAGGUGUGGAUCCGGCAGGUGAGGGAGGUGAUGCAGGAGCGCACUGUUCACCUGCGGGGGGCGCUCCGCCAACCCCUGCCCAUCCCUCAAACCUCCGCCCAUGCAAGAGGCCGCAGGGAAGGAGAGGGGGUGUCCAGUGAUGGUGAUGGUCACAGCCAAUCAGAUACCUCUAUAGCCUCUGGCUCUUCCCACAGCACAGCAGAGAGUGAGCAGGUGUCGGGGGGCUGUGAGUUGGCGCUGGUGGUGCGAGACUUCUCUGCGAGCAGCGGGGGGGAGCUGACUGUGCGGCGUGGCCAGCGUCUGCAGCUGAUGGGCGGGAUGCCCGAGCGGCCCGACUGGUGCCGUGUGCGCUGCUCAGAGGGAGGGGGCACGCUGGAGGGCCUGGUGCCACGCUGCUCCCUCUACCUGCCCCUCACCCAGUGCACCGCCACCCCAGAGGACCUGCACAGCAGCAGAGACUCUCUGUCCGUCUCCAGUCCAGACGGCGGAGUUUCGGGUGGUUCCCCAGGCAACCGUCGUUCAGGCUCAUCGCUAAGGAAGUGGCUGAGCAGUCCGGUGCGGAGGCUGAGCAGCGGCCGGGCCGACGCUCAUGAGCGCAAGAGCAAGCAGAGGCGUGGGCGGGAUGGAGCGCGUUCGCCACGAGAUGCCGAGCAUGUCACCGUCACCACACCACAGGAGGACAACACAGAGGAGAGAGUCCGAGAUGAAGUUGUGUGCAGUGGUACUCUGUCGAAGUCGUCCUCCUCGGGGCUGCAGAGCUGUGGGGAGGAGGAAGGGGAGGAGGGCUCUGAGGCUGCCCCUCUACCGCCCCCUAUGGCUAUACAGCAGCACUGCCUGCUGCAGGAGGACUCGCAGGAGGACAAGAUCCCUCCGCGUCCAGCAACCAGACUCACAAACCCAGACCCCCCUACUGCAGAGGAGCUGGUCAGCGCCAUCCAGGAACUGGUGAAGAGCAGGAUGGCUCUGGAUGAGCAAGUUGAUGGCCAUAACCCUUCCUGUUACCCUGGCAACCACUCUCUCCUCUCCUCCUCUCCCCCCAUCCCAGCAACGGACGAACGCAAGACAGCCUUCCUGAAGAGACGACACUUCGUGCUCCUGGAGCUGGUGGAGACGGAGAGGGACUAUGUAAGGGACCUCAGCUCAGUGGUGGAGGGCUACAUGAGGAAGAUGAAUGAGGAUGGAGUAUCUGACGACAUGAAAGGCAAGGACAAAAUCAUCUUUGGGAACAUCCACCAGAUCUUCGACUGGCACAAAGACUACUUCCUGGCUGAGCUGGAGAGGUGCCUUGAGAAUCCUGACAGACUGGCAACCCUUUUCAUCAAACAGGAGAGGCGGCUUCAGAUGUACGUGGUUUACUGCCAGAACAAGCCCAAAUCAGAGCAUAUUGUGUCCGAAUACAUAGACACCUACUUUGAGAGCUUGCGGCAGGUGCUGGGUCAUAGGCUACGCGUUACAGACCUCCUGAUCAAACCUGUUCAGCGCAUUAUGAAGUACCAGCUCCUGCUCAAGGACUUCCUGAAGUUCUCCCAGCGGGCUGGUCUGGACUGCACUGAGCUGGAGAAAGCAGUGGAGGUCAUGUGUAUCGUCCCCAAACGAUGCAACGACAUGAUGAAUGUAGGACGCCUGCAGGGCUUUGAAGGUAAAAUCAUAGCUCAAGGCCAGCUGCUGCUGCAGGACAGCUUCCAGGUGUGCCAGGCAGAGACAGGGCCUCUCUCUCGCAUGAAGGAGCGCCGCGUCUUCCUCUUUGAGCAGAUCAUCAUCUUCAGCGAGCCCCUGGACCGGAGGAAAGGCUUCUCCACGCCCGCCUACCUCUUCAAGAACAGCAUCAAGGUGAGCGGGCUGCGUCUGGAGGAGGCCGUGAACUCUGACCCCGGCAGACUGGUGCUUUCCUCCCAGACACCAGGGGGCAGUGUGGAGCGCUUCACUCUCCAGGCGCUGAGUCCUGCUGUUGGACGAGCCUGGCGCCAUCAGAUCAACCUGAUCCUGGAGAACCAGCGCAACUUCCUCAAUGCGUUGACCUCUCCCAUUGAGUACCAGAGGAGCCAUCUGGGUGGGGCCAGCCCUGGAGCCACCAGCAGCAGUAGCAGCAGUGGUGGAGGGGCCGCCACGCGAUCCCGACCCCCCCAGCAUCCCCAACACCCUCAUCAGCCCCGCUCCCCAGCCCUGGGCAAACGCCCCCCAGACUGACAGCAGCAGUGGCCUCUCCAGCGUCUCUCUGCCCAUCAGGACCCCAUGGCCAUACUCAUGGAGGAGGAGGAGGAGGAUGAGGAAGAGGAGGUGCAGAUGGCUGGAGUCGCUGGCGUGAGCUACUGCCGGUCCCCAACAGCAUGCAGCAGUGUUGGAGCCCCCCAUCACACCCCCAGAGCCCAACCCACAGCCAGUAUCCCCAUAAGGACCAGCUGACCCAGGACAGGAUCUGGUUCAGGUUCCCGGACGGGCGCGGUCUGGACCGGGUCAGAACCAGGUCAGUUCCAGUGGCAGCUGACGUCUAGGUUCCUCCUGCAUCCCAGCAUCUAGAACCCGGCCGUCCAUCGCCGAUCACCCGGUUCUCAACAGAACGCACACCCCUAGCACAUUGCAUUCAACACCUACCUCUCAACAUCCAACGCUUAACAUGCAACGCCCAACAAACAUGCAAUAUUCAGCAUCCAGUACCUUACACACACUACCCACAGCUCAGCCCCAACACCUUGGACUCAGCUCACAACGUACAAUCUAAUGGUCCACGCAUACAGUAGCAGUAUAUCAGAAGAACAAUGUGUGAACUCUAACAACAUAGCAUGCAGUACGCAACUCCAUUUAACACUCCAUAUCCAACAUCCAACACUCCGAUUCUAAUACCCACCGGUAUCCACCCCUAUCCAAACUCCACCACGGUAUAUAUAGCAGCCCCAAAUCCAGCAAUGAAAUGCAUAUAUACAACACUAGACAUUGCAUCAGACACUCAUGGCCAUGUAGGUUGACAGGUGUUCUUGGCUUCCUGCUUGUUUUCCGUUCUGCUGUGGAAGAGGAAGUGGAUGUGGAGGUACAGUAUCAGCCAUAUUGGUGGCAGAUCUGAGCCACGUCCAGGCCGCACCUGGCCCAGACUGCCCUGCUGCGUGAGAUCCAUCCACAUCAACAGUAUCUAUUCUCUCUCUGUACUGUUCCACCUCUUUCCUGCAUGACCAAUAGCACAGGAUGAUGACUUUCUCUAACAUACACACUUAUGUCAACAUAUGUAAACACACACACACACACACACUCUCCUACACAUGCACAGAGACAUACAGAACUAUUUUUCCUCUUUUCCUCACACAUAUGUACUCAUGCAAACACACACACACACACACACACACACACACACACACACACACACACACACACACAGUGUGAUGUUCUGAGUAAACACAUUGCUGCACUAGAUGUUUCUAUCUGUGGUAAUUCUGCUGCAUGUUGCUGCUAUAACAGAGCUACACACACACACACACACACACACACACUGCAUUAGAUGGGACACUGCUGCAGCCCAGGGCUUCACCGAGCCGCAUCACCGUUCUGUCCAGACCCCAGCUGGCUGCAGCUUGUAGUUCCCUGCUUUCUACAGGACCCAGAGCAAGAGACCACGGGCCCCAGUGCUGUAUGUGAACCCUUGUGUUUUUGUGUUUGUUUUUGCUUUUUAAAGAGAUUACAUUUUCUAUGGCGAACGAAAUGGGACAAGACGUUCUACUUUCAGAAGAUUCAUAUUUUGAGAUCACGAACGAGACGGUAAAAACUUUAAACAGACUCUUUAAAGACAUUGUUGUGCAGAUGCAGUCACAGGAAAACACUAUAAAAGCAAAAUGACAAAGUUAAGUGUGUUAUCUUUAAUUGUCAAUGUUCAUUUGUGUCGUUAAGUCAUCCACCGUGCUUUUCGGAGCUCCUGCGGGUGCACUCCCUUAACCAGCCUCCUUUGGGCUGCAGUGUCCUGGGAGAAUUGGAUCUGUUUGUCUGUCUGCUUGGACAGAAGAUACAGCUCGGGACAGGGCAGCAAGAUGAGCACUGACUCUAUGCGAGCUCUGGGCCACAUGUGGCCCUGAUCUGGCGUGGAUCUGGGCAGCUGCUCAACCCUUUUAGAAGUAUGAUCACAAAUAUGCUGGCAUGGUGGUGUAACGGCAGGAUCAUCAACUGAUAACCAGUUGACCCAGGUUCAAUUGCAGAAACCUUUUGAACUGUAAAUAUGUGAUUAGAAUGUCAACAACUGAAGGUUUGAUUUGAUGAUGAAAUAAUGAACUAUGAGAUAACAAGCAGUUGUUAUCAGUACAAAACACUGAUUGGUCACACAGUUCCAUUGAAAAUAGCCUAUGGGAAACAAACCUCUAGAUACCAGCGCCUGGCCUGGGUUUAAUUUCCAAAUCCGCCGCUGUGAGUCAGUGUUGCUUUGGAUUAAAAAAGCAUCUGCUAAACACCACUACAUUUAGGCCUACAAUACUUUAUAUAGCUCAUGCCUGAAGCUCUUCUCAUGACUAUAUAGCUCAUGCCUAGCUCUUAUGACUACAGUAUGUCUGGUUCCUCCAGAUCAGGCCCAGAUCUUCUCCAGAGUCAGCAGCAGCCCUAGGGCUCACUCAGAGACGAGUGCUAAGGAAGCUCUCCAUGUGAGGCAUUUCCAGAAGACGCACGUUACAAAUGGCCUUGUUUAGUAUGUAUGUACCCGGCAGGAACGAUUCUAGUCAUGUAUUUCUCAGUUGAAUGACUUCUAAAUAUUUGUUUUCCUUCUCAAGGCAGGUUCUAGAGACUGGUGUCAUUAUACAAGGCAUGUGGUAUACAGGUCCUUCACACACAUGAUUGAUUUCCACUUAAACCAAAGCAGUCCUUCUUUCACCUGAUUAUUCCCCUGAGUCUUUGUGAUGCUUAGACUUGCUUUCUGACUGACAUGUCGCAUAUUGCAUAUCGCGUCUUUGCUUUCCUUUGCCUGUGUUGCGGUUUGAUUCGUUGGUUUCUUGUGACCAAGUGAGUGCUUCAGUUUUAAUAAUAAUGAGCUCUUCUAUUUCCUGUGUGACAACAACAAAAAAAAGAUGUGUUGUAGUGUACUAGUUUCUUGUGCAUGCUGGGUGCGUUUGCGUUAACGAGGCUGUACUUAAUGCAGGGUGGUUUUGACUCAAACCUCCUGCACACGCACACCUCUCUCCCUGUCCGCUUUGCCUUGCUUCUCCUCAUGUGUCUGUGAGUCAAAGCCUCUAGCCUGUUUUUAGGAACACAGCACUGAAGUCAUUUCAAUAAUGAGUUGAGUGUACAGUAUAUCUCUCAGACUCCUAGACCACCAUUUGCUUCUUUUUAGCCUUGGUAUCAAUACUACAUGAUUUUAGGCACUCAGAUGUAAGACAUGUAAGUUCUGUUCAGUCAUUAGAUUAAAACAAACAUUGCUGUACUUCUUGUUUAAAGGGUAAGUUUUAUUAGGUCUCAUUUGUUUUAUAAUGUAUAGUUUUUACACAGCCAAACAGGGGACUGGACAUAAUGUAUACUCAUAUUUUAUACAUGAAUUACAUUCUAAAUGUUUGUUUUGUUUGUGUGUGUAUAUUUCUGUGUACAGAAAUUAUAUCUCUGCGUAUUUAUAUUCAUGAAGAUUAAAGCAGAUGGUUCAAUGACA